AUGUCUUCUUCUUCACUCUAUCGUUGGAUUUCAAUCUAUAGUUGUCUAAUUUCGUUAAAGCCCAGAGAUGUUCACCAGAAAUGGAUUGAAGGUGGGAACUAUGAGCUGUGCAUAGAGGACGUUAGGGACGAGAUCUGGGACAUAGUGAAACCGUCUGACCCAUUGAAGAUCACUCUGGAUGAUCUCUUGGGACGGUACUGUCUGCUUGUGGUUCAGUUGGAGCUCUUGAGUUAG